AUGGCUCAAUAUGUGCAAGCGGGAACAGCACAACUCGCCUUGAGCUUUGUUGAAAUUGAGAAGAAAUUCUUUGACCUUCCUUUUCAGUCCAUCGGAAGUAUUUACUUCAAGAAAGACGUUCCCCCUGACCUUCAAGCACCACUUUAUAGAGUUGACACUGAAAGCAGCCAAGACUCAGAGACAUUUUGCAUUGGUCCAACCGUGGACUAUAUGUUUUGGCGUGGGAAAAGAACCUCUUUUUGUCGCGGUCCAUGGAACGAUCCCAAUGAUUAUGUCAUAUCCAUUGCAUAUAAAGAGAUCGAAUGGACACAGCGGUAUGGAAAGCCAUUAGAACUUGAUUUCCCCCACAAUGGUGUCUUCCCAGGAAAAAAAUUCCCAGAAGAUUACCUGCAUCUCCUUGAUAAAUACCUCACAUUGACGCCAUACCUACUUCCAAAAGAUGCUGACAGUGCACUUAAUCGACCUACUCUUUGCCAUCCAGUGGAGCCACGUCUACUAGUUGCAGGCUACCCCCGUGCGUUUGAGAACCCGGAUGCUGAACAAUCUCCUCGGCUCGAAGAGCCAUCUUUUCCACCGGACUAUGAAAGUCUUCCGGCUGAGAAAAAGGUUGAAGCUGAUGAACUCCAUCGACGUCGUCUCCUCUUUUACUAUUACCGUGUAUUUAACAGUCACUUGAACAAGGCUCACCUACAAGCUCUUCAUGCCCCUAUCCUCUUUCCUCGCCAACACCUCGUGGAUAGGGCCGGUAGGCAAUGGAGUGGGAACCUGAUGACUCUGAAGGGAGCGUUAGUUCGGAUGGUCGAUCAUUGGCCUCAUUUACCUGAUACAAAGGGAAUACCCUGCCCGGUGAAGUUCACGGCCACGGAAUUGGACGGAUUCUCAGAGCAGGAGCAACUGUGGUUUGACCUAAACAAAGUAGUGAAUCACUGGUGGGAACAGAUUGGGGGUGUUGGUGAGGAUGGUUGGGUCAGCAAUGAUUUAUAUGAAGAAGCUGUUCAGAAGGUAGCUGAGCUCAAGGCUUCCCUCAUAGCCAGUGCAGAGGGUGAUGAGGAGGAUAUCCGUCUUCUGGAGAAGGGAUGGCCUUUCAGAGAUCGCGAAGAGAUUAAUUGAGGCUUGUCCUGGAACCAAUUCAAAAGUUGACGUUGAAAACCCCGUGAGCGCAGCGGCGACGUCGGGCCAGCUUGUGGAAUUGGAAAGCGGCGAAGGCGACUGAGGAGCAGGGUUAAGCAGACUUGGUAGACGAGCCUCCAAGCCCACCUACGUAUGUCAAAACAAAGUAUAUAAGCACACAUCUGGUAGUCAUGUUCUCA